CUUUUUUCGAGCGGGCUGGCCUGGUACGUUACCAUACGGUCGACGCAACGUUCAGUAAGCCGCCGACUGCGCUUAAGAGUAGUUUGCUGUCCACCUCGUGCGGUCGUCGAACGUCGACGUCGACAAAAAAAACAAGUCACUUUAAAAGCUCUCCUACUGCUGCAUACGAUUUUAUUCCCCUUUAGGAUGAGGUGAUGCACUAACCCGGUAGGAACGAAACAGUUGUCCGCAAACCAAUUCCUCAAUAUACAAGAGCCUAACCAUACCAAAGGCAAGCAGUACACGCCGAUUGGGAGAUCGCCAAAGCACCGAUCAGUAGGUGGGCGAGGUGAAACGUCAUCCUCAAGUCAUCGAAGCAACGAACGCAGAACCAUAUAGACGGCACACAAACCCCCCGGUGGGAGUCGUCUUGGGGUACCUUUUUUUUCGAGGGGGCUAUUCUGGGCCGCCGGUAUAGCAGCAAAAAAAAAGCAAAAUCGGAGGCGAACGAGCACAACCAUGUUUCCGCUUCACAGAGGAGCGGAGCUAUUCUUGGCAAUAGCGAUUCUAGCAUUAUGGAGCGGCAAUGAAUCACAGGCAGCUGACAACAACCAGCGUGUCGUUUGCUACUACACCAACUGGUCCGUCUACCGACCGGGUACGGCAAAGUUUACGCCACAAAACAUAAACCCAUACCUCUGCACACAUCUGAUCUACUCGUUCGGUGGUUUUACGAAGGAAAACACGUUGAAACCUUACGACAAGUAUCAAGACAUCGAGCAAGGUGGAUUUGCUAAGUUUACCGGCUUGAAGACGUACAACAAAAAUUUGAAAACAUUGCUAGCAAUCGGUGGUUGGAAUGAGGGUUCAUCCCGAUUCUCACCGUUGGUGGCGGAUGCCGAGCGACGCAAUCAGUUCGUGAAGAAUACGAUCAAAUUUUUGCGCCAAAACCAUUUCGAUGGACUCGAUCUGGACUGGGAGUAUCCGGCAUUCCGUGACGGUUCCAAACCGAAGGAUCGGGAAAACUACGCCCAACUGGUGCAGGAGCUGCGCGAAGAGUUUGAGCGCGAGUCGUCGAAAACGGGCCGACCAAGGUUGCUGCUGACGAUGGCCGUACCUGCCGGUAUCGAGUACGUCGAGAAGGGUUACGAUGUGCCCAAGCUGAACAAGUAUCUCGAUUGGUUCAAUCUGCUGUCGUACGAUUAUCACAGCGCGUACGAACCGGCUGUAAAUCAUCAUUCGCCGCUAUUUUCGCUGGAGGAAGCGUCAGAGUAUAAUUUCGACUCCGAGCUGAACAUUGAUUAUAGUGUGAAGUUCUACUUGAAAGCGGGAGCAGAUCGUGACAAGCUUGUGCUGGGUAUACCGACAUAUGGCCGAUCGUACACACUGUACAACCCGGACGCUACAGAUAUUGGGGCGCCUGCCGAUGGUCCUGGCGAGCAGGGUGAUGCAACGCGGGAAAAAGGUUACCUCGCGUACUACGAGAUCUGCUCGAAUCUGAAGGAUAGCUCUGACUGGACGGUGGUCCAGCCGAACUCCAAGGCAAUGGGACCGUACGCUUACAAGGGCAACCAGUGGGUCGGCUACGACGAUGAGGCAAUCGCACGCCGCAAGGCAAAGUACGUCGCUGAGAAUGGGCUCGGUGGUAUCAUGUUCUGGUCGAUCGAUAACGAUGACUUCAGGGGUACCUGUCACGGUAAACCGUACCCCAUUAUUGAGGCAGCGAAGGAAGCACUGUUAGCUAGCACAGAAGUGGGCAUAAACGAUGUUGCUUCAUCGGGCAGACCGCGGAAACCGAAUCGUUCGCGCAGUCGACCCGGUUCGGCAACGCGCAACCGUGUGAAUACUGACAACAAUAACGAAAUUAAGGCAUCAUUCAAAACAUCUCAAGGGCGUAAAGUAGCUCGGCCGGUACGUGUUACAACGACCAGCACCACCACCACGACCACGACGGAAGAUUCUUUGUACAUUGGCGGAAGAACCACCACCCCGCAACCGCCAACCACUCCUGAUCCAGGAGCAGACUUCAAAUGCGAAGAUGAAGGUUUCUUUCCCCAUCCACGAGACUGCAAAAAAUACUUCUGGUGUUUGGAUAGCCCCAGCCUCGGUUUGGUAGCGCAUCAGUUUACCUGCCCAUCCGGGCUGGUGUUUAACAAGCUUGCCGACUCGUGCGAUUAUGCGCGUAAUGUGAUCUGCUCGAAAACCGUCGCAACGACAUCAACCACAAGCACUACGAGCACCACGACGACGGUAGCAACACCGACAACGUCAACCACACAGCGGCCACGCAUUACGGUACCUACCAAUCGUAACAACUUCUUCAACCGGGGCACAUUUACCACCACUACCACGACUGAGCCGACCGUGGAGGUAGACUACUCCGAUGAGGAUAACACUGAAACACAGCCGGAAGAAGAUCCGAAGGUGAUCAAGGAGCUGAUUGCGCUGAUCAAAAAGGUUGGAGGCAUCGAGGAGCUGGAGAAACAGCUGCAAGCUCAGGAGGAUGGUUCGAUACUGUUGAAAGAUGCGGAAUCCGACCAGAUAUCGACGACAGCACCGACCAUAAGCAAAUCGCUGUACGAGCGUGUACUGAGCCGUACCGGAAACGUUGGACAAAAGUUCCGUCCAGCAAUUACGUUCACGCAGCAGGAUAAGACGGGUUCGCCGGCGGAAAACAAAUACUCCUCCGUGGUGCGUAACUCCUACACGAACAGUCGCGUUGGGCCACAAAACGAAGGACUCGAUCAGCUGCCAGAGUUUGAGGGUGUGUUCCGCGAAAAGCCCAAGUACGUAACGUUGCAACGGGUUCGCCCAACGAAGGCAACUUCGAUCGAGGAUCGGUACGACGAUGAUGACGAUAUAGAUGAGGAAGAAAAUCAACCAUCUACGUUUGCAACGAACAAACCGACCUCGGUUCCGAAGUACGUCAGCAUUAGACGACAGCGUCCGACAACGAUCGCCGAGCAGGACAGUGAGACGGAUGGUGAGGAUGCGUCACAGGACGAUGACAGAGAGCCGGAGAAGCCUUCUGCAGGCGGUGCGCAGUACAACACGGUAAAUCGUAACUGGUUCCGCAAACCGACGGAAGCAACGAAUGUGGCAGAAAAUGAACCGGAGCGUUCGUCUCCCAAUCGCUAUAACACCAUCGAUCGUAGACGGACGACCAGCAUACCGUACACCAGCAGUAGGUUGCAGGAUGCCGAACGUGAUGAUGUAGGCACAGAUUCUUCUCUUUUGGUACCAUCUACAGACUUCCAAACCAUAUACACUACAGCUUCCACCACCACGAUCGAUUCAUCACAAUCUUCAGAACCAAACUUGAUACCUUACAGCACACGACAGUAUAGUAGUGUUGAGCGCGUUAACAGCAACACCAUUAGCAACGACAACGACCGAAGCGGCAAUAGCGAAAGUAGUAGUAGUAAUAGUAGUAACGAUAGCGAUAGUAGUACUAGCAAUGGUAGCGAUGCUGCUACCACCACCAAACCAACCAAUUUAGCAUUUUCAAGCGCUACUAGUGCCGCGAACAGUGACAUUGCUGCCGAACUGCCGGUACAGCAGUACCUGUCGAAUGUCGAUUACCAGCCUAAUCCGGAGGUGACUGACACCACUGUACCAAUUGUUUCAACUUUGCACAAAACGGACGAUGGUAUUAAUAGUGACGGUUCCAAAGCAUCACACAGUGAGACGACGCUAGAGGUAACCACCAUACUUAACACAGGUGAAAGCGUUACUGGUAGUAGUGUUAGCAGUCUGGACGCUGGUUUGGAGGGUAGUGAUACUUUUGCUAAUAACGAUAAGCGCUUCGAACCACUGUACGAUGGUGGUGAGAAAGCUUCCACCGACUACGAGCCGAUCGUUACCGUCACCACCACGACCGGUGUACCGUCCGUGCCGACGACCCCGGUCCCAGUAACGGCUAGUUCCUUCACUAACGAUGCUACUUCUAACUCAGUUUUCAAAUUCACAAGAACUAGGAAACCAACGACUACCACCGCUACACUAGAACCUGUCACUAACCCUAGUCGGAACGUUUCCCCGGGAAGUGGUGGUGUUGCUCCGAUAAAGGCAGCCCCACGCCCAUUCGCAGCAGGCGCACGUCGCACACGUCCGACGCGCCUGCCAGACACUGCGAACAGCUUUGCUACCGCUUCCGCACCAGAGCAAGAGUCGACGACACUCCGAUCGGUAAAGGUGAGUUUUUCCAAUGCCCAGAGAUUUGAUCUUUCAGCAAGCCGGCAGCGUAGGGUCGGUAGCGCUACGCCCGAAAGUAGCGAACUUGUAGAUGCUAGACAGAUUAAUGAGCAGUCCGUGACGCGGGCAACCGUGCACGGUAACCGGGGCCGGGUGCGGUUCCGUACCGCGGCCGAAUCAUUGGUCGCUUCCACACCGCUGUCGUACGAUGAGCCGCAAAGUACGCGCUCGUCGGAUAGGUUUGUUAGCACAACCACGCAAACUACGCGCCGCCGCUCGAGACCAUCUACCGGAGAACUGGCCGCUAAUCGUUUCGCAAUCGGUCGCACAACAGCGUCUACGACGAACGCACCGACGGCCGAACCGUUGACAACCGUUUCCGAUCGUGGUUCGUUACGGCGUGUUAACUUCAGUCUGUACAGUGGUCGUCGCACGAGCGAUCCGGUAGCAACACCGUCAACCGAAGAGCCACACAUCGAGACGGAAACGUACGGUAACGUGACACCGUUCGAUCAGGCAGAAAUUAAAUCGUACACACGUAUUGCGGAGGAUCCGUUCAUGACGCAGGAACGCAUUUUGCUUACGCUCGGUACCGCACUGCGGUAUGGGUUUAGCAGCCGUAACGAGCUGACCAGCGGUACACCAAGUCCCACCUUCCCGACACAGCCUGUGCAGGAGUAUUCCAGCACACUAGCACCGGCCGCUCGGUCUACCUUUAAGGGCCGUCCGUUUGGACGUGAAAAUCUCAACAAUAUGGUAAACAAUGGGUUGGCGGAAAACUUAAAUGACAUGUCAACGGAACAGAAUUUCAAUGAAGAAACCGUCACACCUGACAGUAGAUACUUCAACGAGCUCACUACCGUGUACAACGUGAAUGCGGCCGAGGUUGAUACAACUACGCCACAGCCGCGAAAGCUCGUAUCGUCCAGCUUAAGAGAUCGGUACACAGCCAGUAGCACUACGGAAGCCGUCGACACAACGCUGAACGUUGUAGUGUCUGAAGUUAACACGAACAAAACAUUCAUUCCUGGACGCACACGUCCAACGCGCCCGGCACGGCUACGUACGACAUUGGAUACUAGCACGGGGUCUACUGCUUCGGAGCAGGAAGCAACUAGAUCACCCUCACGCAGACCGUUCGUGCCGAGAAAGCAACUGAACACUGACGGUACGAUCGGGUCACGGUUCUCCCCAACGGACGAACCAUUCGGUAACGAUGUGACGGAACGUGCGACCGGUAUAUCAACUACUAAACGGCAGCGUACAAAUCGUCGCCGUACUACCACUGCCACUACGGCGGUAACUGCUACCGCUACUGAGGAAAGUCCCGUAGCUAGACCACGUGCCUCAUUCAGCACGGAUCAACGCCGACAGCGUUUACCGGCAAACCGUUUGCUGAAGACCACGUCUACGACGACAUCUACCGAAUCGUUUACGGCGGAACCGACGUACCCGGACAGUAAUGUCGCUAACUCGGACUUUACCACCGUCAUUACAGACACGUCGAACGAAAUAGCCCCUGGAUACGAUCUGCUCAACAGUGACAAUUUGCUUAACCUGCCAAAUCUUCGCACCAAUGAAGAUCUUGAUGAGGAAGAUGCGACCGAAACGCUUUCCACACUAGCCGUAUCCGUUACCGAAGCUAAUCCGAAUGCUAACUUAGUGUCAGCCGGGCUUUCGCAGCAAUCGAAACCAUCGUACACGCCGCCUCAGAAGUCGGCCGACACGGAUGGUACGCGCAUUAACGAUAGUCAGCAAAUUGAGUCCGAAUCCAUACCGAGCCGUAGCUCGACACGUGUCUUCGGCGGUGGUGCGACUAGACGUAAGUUUACAGGCAAGUUUGUCACCACCGAAGCUCCGGAACCGACCGAACCGAUAAAGAAGUUUGUACCUACGCGACGCAAUCGUCCAUCUUUCUCGCUAGCUCGCAAUGGCCGACUGUCAACAACAACGGAAGAAUCGCUUAUUGCCACUACUGCAGACGCUGACAGUAGUGGUGUGUCCGCUGGUCCAGCACCGUUCGUACCAUCACGCAAACGUAAACCACUGCUACUUGGCAGUCGCACAUCGACGACGUCAGCCCCAUCGAAUGAGAAUGCGAAUAGCGACGAUACUGUCCAACCGUCCGCACGUCCAACAAGGCGUCGACCGGCGUACUCACUUAAUCGUCCCGCACGGCCACAAGCGUUUGAAAAUUCGUUUGACAAAGCAACGGUCACAUCGAAACCGGUCGAGCAGAAAUCGAUCAACCGCACCUCGGUACUGUUGCCAAAGAGACCGAACCUGUUUGCCCGUACAACGACCACCACUAGCACGACUACAGUGGCGCCACCUGGAUCGGAUGCUACUGACAGAACGACGCUCGACGAUAGGUUCUCCUCCUCGGAGGAACAGCGCUACAGUGGUGAGGAAAACGAAGGUGACAAUGAAAUUCAACGUCAGGGUAAGAGAUUGUUUGGACAGCUCGGUAAUGAUGCUAGCAAUAGCUUAGUACCGCUGGAAGCGGAGACAGAGAAACCACGCACCGAUAGUCCAUACAGUGGGGUACGACGACCAGGAUCUCGUGUCGGCCCAACACCGGCCCGUGUACAGCCAAACGCAGGCAGCAAUCGGUUCAUCUUCAAGAACAACCAACCAACUGCGACGGGUAAUGCGGAUGGUUCGGCAUCUGCGACUACACAGCGCACAUUUACAACUCGCACGAGGCGACCGUUCGGCAACGUUGGUGGCUACAAACCGACCGCGCAGAACGGUACGGUACUGAGCGGUGACUCAGGUGUCCCGGUUGCAGGCAGCGUCACUACACCCAGACCACGGUUUACUCCUACGACGCGCACGCGUCCAACGUUCGGGCGUCUACGCUCAACUACGGUUUCGUUGGCGAACAAACCGGACGCAGGUGUUGAGGGUGAACGCGCCCAGGUUGCCUCGACGCUGAACGAUUUGGAACAGGGUGCAGGGUUUGCGACACGUCGCUAUCAGCCACGCAAACCCACGAGCCGACGGGCGAACUUUACCUCCGUUAGCGUGCCGGUCACGUCGGUCGGUAGUGGCUUUUACAAUGGGACGCGCGCCGGGCAGAACGUAACACAGCCGGCGGUGUUCUUACUAACAACGAAAGAUACGGAAGAAGGAGUAGCACAGACGACACCACAAACGAACAAGGAGACAACGCUGUCCGCGGCCGAGUUUCCAACCGACGAUACAAAACAGCCUCACGUUUCAACGACCGCUUUUACCGUUGCCGCUAUCGCUAGCCAGAACGGUACGGAUGAGCUAACACCAACCACCACCACCUCACCCUGGCUUCUAGAGACAGUAAACGAGGCCGAAAACACUACCUCGUACGAGGAUACAGUCAACACAUUCAGAACCACCACCGAAUACUACACCGCAUCCGAUGAGACUCACUACACGACACUGAAUACGGCUGACACGAUCUACACGAUUAAUGAUAAUAUCGAUAUUGAUGAUGUCAAUGUAUUGCAGGACCGUAGUAGAACGUCGACGACCACCGUCAAGCCGACCACGCUGUACCACGUGUUUUCGAUCGAUAAGGAGAACGAAUCGGUACCAUCGUCGACCGAAAUUUAUCGCACCGAGGAGCAAGAGAUCGAGCUACCGGCCGCCAACAGGACGGACAAGCUGGUCAAGAUACACCGGGUAGUUGAGAUCUACACGAAGAACACAAGCAAUCCGGACGAGCUGCCCGUCAUGCAGAAGCUUGGUGAGAUCAAUCGCAAGAUUAUCAUACGGCUUGUAGAGCCGAACCGUGCCAACAAUCGUACCGGUAGUGCGACCAGUACGAGCAGCAGCAGCUACACCGCCUCCACGCUUGGGAGCGGUGCGCCGGUAACGGAGCGGGUCGUCGACGAUGACGAGUUGGAGAAUGGGCGUGGUCGCACCGUUGUACUGUCGUCGAACAGUGUCUUCACCGUGGAGACGUCCACCAUACCGCUCGAAGGUUUGUUUGAUCCGGAAAAGGGUGUUGGGUUCCCGACCACUGAUAUGCCACCGCAGUCAGAUGCUGAGCAGGAUACGCCAACUGUAGCACCACAUCAAGAAAUCGAGCGUAUCUCGAGUGUAGAUUUUAGCUCCGCUACCGGUGCUAGCCCACCGGAACAGGAUGACGAAUUGCCGGCAGUGACGCAACUUGCCGCGGAAACAGAUCGCUACGUACAGGUAACUAGCUUGCGGCCAGACCUGACAGACGAUACAGAUACGGAGUCGGUCAACGAUGACAGACAGAAGGGCAACGUGUUCAAACCACAGACGACUGACUAUUAUGGUCCGGGCGAGGAACUUACCACUAUCGCGACUGUUCCAGUUGAGGCAGAAGAAACGACCAUCAAAAGCGUUACGUUCAGUUCCACCAGGACGACACCGGUGGUGUCGUCGUCGACGCAGCGCGAAAUCGUACACAAGUACACACUGCCGGCCGAGUUCUCCUUCCAGGAACCGUCGAGCGAAACGACCACCACCAAGACGACAACGACGACACCCGCAACCACCAGCUCAUCUUCAGCUCCGGAGGUACUGACGACCACGGCGGCAGAUCUGCCCUCCGACAGCAGUACGGUGGUCGAUCGCGUCCAGUCGCUGGUGUUGCCGAGCAAAGAGAGCAAGAGAAAGUACACCAAGCGCCCGGAACCGGUCCUUACUGCGUCGCGGGUAUCUGACUUUGCGUACAGUAAGGAUAAUUCCGCCGAAGCUGACAAUGAGCGGGUGAUCGCAACUACCGAACCACUGUUCGCGACGGAACAGCCGGUACCAAUCACCACGACCAAAGCGACCAACACACGCCACUACACAAACAAUCGCAAGUACGUGUCGUCGCUAUCGUUGCGUCCGAACUUUAGCACACCGGAGGCAGCGCAGAACGGUAGCCCCUCCUACAGGAAGUCGAAAGACAUACCUGUGGUGCCGCUACCGAAGGUAAUUAGCUCGAAAUCGUCGACGUACCGCGUACCGACCACUACCGAAACGACGACGACGACCACUACCACCACAACGACGCCCGCACCGAUUACUAAGAUAGACUUCAACAUCAAGUACGUGCUGCCGGUCAAUCUGCCCGAUUCGAACUCGCACGAGCUGAAGAUUGAAAGCAAAAAUGACAAGUACAGCAUACCGCUGUCACCGAUACUGAGGCCCGAUUUUACUACGCGUGAAAUAUCCGGCGAACGGCAAGAUCGCCAGUUUUCGCCCGUUUACCGACCCGAGCUGGAUAACGAUGAGCUGACGCGCCAGCUUACCAGCGAUGCCGAUCCGGUCGCACUCGAGGCGGAACAUCUCGAUCGUGAAAUACUCGGCGACAGUGUCGACAGUAGACAGUCGGCAGAGAAUGGUACGCCGCUCGGUAGCGGUACGGCAGAACAGCUCGUCAGUCACAGUGUACCGUCAUCGGCGGCCUACUUCUUGCGCCGUACGGCCGAGGUUAGUUAAGGAGUACCACGGAAAUAAGGCGCUUGCGGCACCGACAGCGUUACAAAAAUUUCAACCCCCCCUCGCGGGGGGAGUUCGAAGAUGGUCCAAGAUGGUCGUUUACGAAAAGCGCGCGAAAUAGUUUGCAGUUUUAAUAUUACCUAUAUAACGUUAUAAUGAAUGUGUGUGUGCACACUCUUGAACGGGCGGCAAAAGCACAUUAUUUCAUUUGUGUAGGGCUUAUGUGUAUGUGACAUGUGUGUGUGUGUGUGUUUUUUGCAUGUGUGUUUGUGUACGUGUGUAUGUGUGUGAGUGUAUGUGAGAUUUUGAAAUUUUGAGUGUCGGAUGUGGAAACGAUCUGACAAAACCAUUUUACUUAACAAUCCCGUGGGUAAGCCAAAACACUCAACAAUAACAACAACAAAGCAACAGAAAAAAAUGGCAUAAAUUCGGAAUAAGGAAUUUUAUCUAAUUGUGUGUGUGUGUGUUUGUGUGUUAUUGUUUUUUCUCUUUUUUAUCCUUUUUUUCUCAUUGCUAUCUGAUUAAUUCUGCACCUACUUUCCUUGUUCUUUGAUUUUGUUUUCGUUUUUUUUUUGCUGUGUUUACCUCACACCGUUUUUAACUAAUUAAUACUCAUACCCUUUACACCGUUGUGCACACGGAGUGACUAAUAAUUGUUGCCAUAGGACCGCCAAGAGGUUAGAAAUUAAUGUACAGAAGCAAAAGUCCUCCCGACGUUUAGUGUGAAUUGCAUUCCAUUUGAAACGUACCCUCAAACCGUUACGUGCGCCCACUUAAGCUGUGUCAUUUAUCGAUCACUAAGCACGCCUGUCAGUGAUUGUCAUUUUUUUCUCUUUAUUUACUAACAAAGUUUUUUUUCUUGUUCCCGCCCCCUCUUCCUGUUUGACAUCUAUUUCCAUGUCGGUUUUUGGUUUAUAAUUACAUGUUGUGCGUUUUAUAUUUUACCCCCCAAAAAAAAAAAACAAAAAGAUGUGUGCUUGUCGGUACCGACACUCAGCAACUACUACCAUCGGGACAAGUAUCCGUCAUGAAACCGGUUUUGUGCAAAACGUCAAUCUUUGCAAACAGUUGACAAGCAAUUGUGAAGUGUAACGUUACGGAAUGUUUUUUUUUUGUGUUGGUGCAUGUUGACAAGUGGUAUAUACGCAUGGAUCGGCGGCUCCCGCAAAUGGUUGUGGGCAGCAAACGCCAUGAAACAAUUUAACAAACAAGAUUUAAAAAAAAAGCACACCUGUUACCUGUCACCGUAAAUAGUUAAUUUUAUCCUUUCUACUACUGAUAUUUAAGUCGAACAUGUGUACUUUUGAAAAAGGUGGUUUCUCAUAAUGUUAUAGGUACAGAGUAAAUACAUCGAUCUAGAAUCACACCAGUACAACCAGUCGUAUUAUCCCGGAACAGUGUCAGCAAGGACAGACAGAUACUACCGAUACUGUCCUAUUAUUUAUUCUCCACGUACUGUGCGCUCUUUUCGCAAACUUUUACUAUCUUUACAUUUCCCGCCCCAAAACUCGAAAGGGUAAAGUAUUUCGAACUAAAAAAAACCCUUUUUGCUAAUUUGUUGUGCAAAUUAAAUGUGUUUACAAAGCUUUGACGUUGGAAAUGAUCAAUGUGACAGCUUCCCAUGCCCAAAAGCCAAAUAUGGUCUCAGCUGUCAUACGCUAGUCGUUUUACCUAAACAAGUUGUUAGUAUUGCAGUUGAACAUUGACAGUUGGACUGAACAAAAAAACACACACAUGGAAGCGAAUGGUGUGUCGUAGUACACACACAAGCUACGCUUUCUCACACUUCAUAAUACGUGAUACACACGGUGUGAAGAAUUGUUUCAGCAAUGUGUAUUCCGCAAAACCAGAGCAACAAAAAAAACACAACCAGAGUGAAAUUGAACGAUCGAAUACCUGCCCUUAGUUAUUACCUAUUUUACAGUACUAUUUUAAACUAGGUAUAACAAGACGAUUCACUUUUUAAUCUUUACUGCUCAGUUCAGUUGUUAGUUUUACAAGUUUUUAAUUCUGUGUGACACAAUGCAGCAUGCAAACAAUUUUAUUCGAACAAUUUUUUAACCUGUUGUUUGUGCAUGUUUUUUUUCUAUUUGGACGAUUAAUUUUACGUCUUUAUGCAAAACAAAAAAAAAAAUAGAGUAACACAAGAGUACAAGUAAAGGAGAAAACGUUGAAGUUAUGGAAGUUGUUGAGCUUGAAGAAGCGUUUUGGUAGUAAGGCCAAGUUUUAUUUUAACACGUGUGUAUAUGGUUCGCGAUAAAGUGACAGUUAGUGACAUAGAAAAUCGCUUUUUUUUUCGAAACAUUUCACCAACAAGCAGAAGCAAGUGCAACCGGACCCGUCAAAUACCGUUACUAAUCGAAUGCAUUACUUCACCUACGUUACCUUAAACUAAGCUUGAUGUCAAGAUGUAUAGGUUUAUAGUACAACGCAUAACAAACAUUACGGCGGACAGGAGUACACAAAGAUAGAACACUUUUUGUUUCUUUAAAACUAGAAAAAAACCCACUAACCGAAGCGAUUUCUUAAGGGUAGUUAUCCGAAAAGAAGUAUUGUAAAAAAAAAAUCACACACAGUUAUAAAAAUUACUCCCAUACCAAUGACAGUUUUGUACAUUUUUAAUGCACAAACAAAAAGACAUACGGCCAGCUUUCUCGUACAUCUUUUCGAUUCACACGCAAAAAAAAAGUUUUUUUUUCGAGCAGUUCUCUCUAGAGAACUUAUCUCAAAGUCGAGCAGCGAGAAAGGUCGUCGCAUGUCUCAUUGUGUGCGUACUGUAGAAACCAUAACAACAGGAUGACGCACUCUCGAACACUAAAAGUACUGAGUGGACAACAUUUACCCCGCCCCCCCCACCUUUACACUACAAACACACACUAAUCGUUUGCUCUUCACUCAGUUGCUGCAGAACAAAGAAAAAAAAAAGCAAAACAAACCGGUAUUACUAAGGUAGUAACUAUCAUUAUUCUUACAAACACCAUUAUCGGCAACACAGUUUUUGAUUAGCGUUAGCUCUGUAUGGUGGGGAACUGUGCGUAGAGAGAGAGAGAGAUCCAAACCAACAAAGAGGAAAGAACGCGCAACACGCGAUGGGGAAUGUGUCGCUAUUUCAGCACACUUUACAUAUUACACCAUGUCAACGUAAAUGUAACACUGUGCAGUAAUAUUGAAAGUGAAUGUACAAUAGUCUAUUAGGUAAUCAUGGUUUAGAGUAGGCACAGACACUAACGUUAGUGUGUGACCAUAUAUGCAUUUAGGUGCCGUCACCAGGGAGGUAAUUCUGUUGGCUUCCACAAAACACGACUGUACACUAAUCACCGGCUAGUAAAUGUACUUUCUAUAAGCUGUAAAAUAUAUUGCCUCCAACCAGUGAGCAUGGUACGUCACGUCAAA